CUUUUCCUUUAGGGCUCUUGCGAAGAAUGCUGCUCGGGAGUGCGGCAAAUGGAAAUGGAAUCGUCGUCUUCAAACAAUUCAACUCUCGUCAGCUGCUGAGCGGCAGGAUUUCCAGCUGCAAAAUUCCUAGCUCGCAUUUCCCGCUGUCUAGGAGUCACUUAAUUCGAUGCGAGGCCGCCUCCAACGCAGCUGUGUCGAGCGUUCCUGGUAUCGAGUGGGUCCAAAGAACUUUUGAUCUCCCACCAUAUAAAAGAGGAUGUCACAUAAUCACUCAGCAAAUCUACAAGGCCGUGCCGGAGAUUAGAAACUUUCGAGUCGGCAUUGCUCACAUCUUUGUGAUGCACACCUCGGCGAGUCUCACCAUCAACGAGAACGCGAGCCCCGACGUGCCACUCGACAUGGAGGACGCCUUAAACAAGAUCGCUCCAGAGGGUCACCACUACCGUCAUCUCGAUGAAGGACUGGAUGAUAUGCCGGCUCAUGUCAAAUCUUCGAUCAUGGGUUGUUCCUUGAGUGUGCCGAUCACCGCUGGGAGAUUAAAUCUUGGAAUCUGGCAGGGAAUCUGGCUCAACGAGCAUAGAGACUAUGGAGGCAGUCGAAGGCUCUGCAUCACAAUCCACGGACAAUCCAGUUCUGGAUCUGUAACAAGAAAGUUCCACACAGGCUUUGCUAGAAAGAUGCCACUAAAGAAAUUUGGAAGUACCUGCUUGACCGUGAGAGAGUACAUGUUCUUGGGCCUCGAAAGUGGAAGAAGCUUAAACCUGCAUGGAUCAUCGAAAUCUCAAAGAAACGAAUCGAGACUACGCAAAAGAGGUGUUCGCUUACCUGAUGAGCUUCCUCGGCUUCGAUCGCCUCGAUCUCGCCUUUCGGACGGCCGUGUGCUGCCCCGCCAUCGCCAGAUAGAAGACUGGAUGCUUCUCUUCCGGCUCGAAUUCGCAGCUGAUAGCCGAGCUGUCGGAACAGGCUGCUGGAUCGCAAUCGGCCUGGCGCUGCUGCUCCUUGCGCCAAAGUAUAUCGUCGGCUGGCGUCCAGUCGCAAUCCGGAUCAAGAAUAUCGCCGGCGCCUUCGUCCAGCUCUGGGAGAUCGCAAAUGUCGCUCAAGACCUGGCUUCCAAACUCCGGAAGCGAUUCUUUCCCCGCAUUCGCCUCCAUCGCCCCUGCCAGAGAGCAAAUCGAAAUUCGCUUAUUUGCGACGAACGGCUGGGGUGGCCUAGAUCCGACGGCUCAGCUGUGAGCCAAUCGGUUUUCUCCUCCGCGCUCGGGUAUGGAUUCUCCCUGUUCGCGUCGAGCCACAUCGCGAGGAUCUCCUUGGCUCUGGCAGGAAGCUUUGCGACUGGCCUCUUCCUCUCGUAUCCAGUCCGGCGGCGGCGGCGCUUGGGAGAAGCAAUGGGUGGCGAGAGUGGUGGUGACAUCUCGGACUCUCGACCGAAUUCGUCCCUGGCCGAGUGGAACUCGGUGGCGGUGUCGCAGCACGAUGAACUGUUGUUCACGGAGAGGCUGCAAGAGUCCACCACUGAUUCCGCGAGCCGGGAUGAGCUUGCAUGUCGGCAUCCUCGUAGAGGAUCCCAUCCUUCGGCAACGCCUCCGGAAUCCCAUCCAGAGCCAGUAGAGGGAUCUGCAUUUGCCGGAGAGCCGCCCCUGCGCCGCCUGAUCAGCCGAAGCGAAGCACGCCGCGGUCGUCUCCAUGAAGAUUCCAGUCUCGCCGGCCUCGUUCCAGUAGGACGACUCGCCCUGUUCUUGCUGCGGCGCCGGCGCGGGAUCGCGAUUCACGAGAUCUUGAGCGUCUUCCUCCGAUGUCCAGGAAGCGAACUCGAAAUAAUCGUCCGCCAUGGAUACCGCUGCGCAGCACCGGAUCGAUCACGUAACGAUUCAAGCGCAGAGAGCAAGAAUCCAUACCUUGCGCAGCAUCGACCGAUUCCAGCUCCAGGAUCGGCAGCGCUGCGUCGUCCGCCUCCAUCGCCACCAAGAAAUGCCCGAGAUAUCAGGGUUUUCCCGCGCGAGCGUUCUAGGGCGCCCAUAAACCCUAAAAACAGGGGCUGUGAUGAAGCUGCCAGGAAAUUGCCGCGUCAGCUAGGCGAUAAGACACUGCGAUUUCCGGCACCUGCCGCGAAGGCGCCAUUGGCCUUCUUUCCGUUCGCUAGACGAGCGAGAAAUCGAGUGGAUCGUGCGGGAAAUUUCAGGAUGUCGAGGGCUAGAACGGAUUCCAAGCUCUUUAGAAGCACCGGGAGCGUAGGAAAGCCAGGGAGGAAACCAGCGGUGGGAGGGUCGCCUGUGGCAGCGGCCGCGGCGUCCUCCAUCCCGGUCAAGGAGUCGCCAGAUUCCAGCCAGCAGGUGGAUCCGGAUUUGACGAGAGCGCUCAAGCAGAUCUUCGAGGUGAGGAACUGCAAGCUCAAAGAUCACGGCAGCAGCCACAACAAUAACAGUAACAGCAGUAGCAAGAACAGUAGCGAGGAAUCGUGCCUGACUUUAUUUGGGAGGAAGCUGGCCUCGCCGUCGUCCAGUCUGGAUGGAUCCGACGGGAACACGAAGAAUGUGGCAAAUCAGUACUCGCGGCAAGGGACGGACAAGCUCCCUCCUGCUGCCACGGCUCAUCUUCUCAAGGAGCUCCACAAGCAAAGGCUCAAACAAAGGGGAAUCACUGCCUCGGCCAACGAUUUCCCAGACAUGGGCGAGAUUGAGUUCGUCCACACUGAGAGAAGACCGGAAGUGUCGACGCUACCACUUCUCAACAAUUUACAGGAGAAGAGACCUCUGGAAAAUGCCUCGGAUUGCAGCCCUGAAGCAAAGAGGCAGCGGAUCGAGAAGGAUAAAAGCCUGGAUCUGAGUCUUUCGGUGGAGUUUGGUUCACCAGAUGAAGCAGCUCGAGAUUCGAACAAUACCCAAAGCAUGGACAUUGCUGCUGAGGAGGAGAGGACACAUGCAACCGUGAAGGAUCCGGAGCAGCUCACACUCUUCUACAAUGGCCAAGUCCUCGUGUACGACGACGUUCCAUCCGAUAAGGCUAAAGCGAUCAUGGUGUUGGCUAGUAGCAUCAGCUCAAAGACAUCAUGCUAUACUCCUUGCCUUGCUGCGGCUACUGCCGCUGCGGCGAAGGCUACCAGUGCUGCUACUGCUCCGCCUAUCGUAGUUCCAACCACGGCAAAAGCAUCUAACUCGUUGUACCCAUCACCAAAGGGCACCACUCCGGCGGCAGACAAACGCUCAUCGUCAAACGACGUCCAAGCAAGGAAGGCAUCCAUUAGCAGAUUCCUGGUCAAGAGAAAAGACAGGCUGUCUGCCAAGCCAGCCGAGAAGGCCGAGGCGUCGUCAAAGUCGUCCGCGAAAGACAUAUCGCAGCGCUCGAGAAGCCCGUCACCGGCAGCGUCGAGCAGUCCCGUGACGCCCCCCAGGGCCUCGCCUCCCAGGCUCGUCGACGAGCUCAAGCUCCAGCUAGAAAAGGGGGAGAUGCUCAAGAGAUCCAUCCCGGCAAAUGCUGGAUCAGCAGCAGCAGCAGCAGCAGCACCGAGGCAGUGGAUUGGUGUGUAGAGGCGGUGGAGAUGAUUCGCAGUGCCAAGUUUUAAAGGUUUUGGACUGUGGAAGGCAGCAGCAGCAAGCUAAGAACAGGCCAAACUCAGUCACACACACACAGACACUCUCCUCUUUACCAAGUGAGAAAACAAAGAGAGUAUAGCUUAUAUUUGAUACUUAUAACUCUUCUCUUCCAAAAUUCUUGUGUAUUUCUCUCUUUCUUUCUCUAGUUUUUUUCUCAUCUGGAGAGCAUAUUCGCUUGAUGGAUGGAUGGAUGGAUGGAAGGUUGAUCACAAACAAUGCCCUCGGAAAGAUUGUGGAGGGUUGCUUUGUAUAGAACAGACAAAAGCAAAGAAAAAUUCUUUGAUUAAAA